UGCCCUCUCCGAUGCUGAUUCCCACUCCCCGAACGCAACUUCUGCUUUCUACAUUUUCAUCAAUACAUCGCUUCGAUUGCAGAGUGAAACGCUUGCUCCGGCUCGGAAGAGAGGAGAACCAAGAAGAAGAAGAAGGGCCGAGACCUUCGAAGCGUAUCGAUAAACGACAUUUAGAGUAACGGAGAGGCAUUUUCAUGCCAGCUUCCGCCAAUUAAUCAAACCCCUCUGAAUUGUAAAGCGGGUUUGGAGUGAGGAUGGUGCUGGUGUUGGCCUUGGGGGAUUUACAUAUACCGCAUAGAGCCCCUGACCUGCCCGAGAAAUUCAAGUCUAUGCUUGUUCCUGGCAAGAUCCAGCACAUCAUCUGCACCGGAAACCUUUGUAUCAAAGAAGUUCACGACUACUUGAAAACUAUUUGUCCUGAUUUGCACAUUACACGGGGUGAAUAUGAUGAAGAGUCUCGUUAUCCAGAGACAAAAACUCUGACUAUUGGACAGUUUAAAUUGGGACUGUGCCAUGGGCAUCAGGUUAUUCCAUGGGGAGACCUGGACUCGCUCGCCAUGAUGCAGAGGCAGCUAGAUGUAGACAUCCUUGUUACUGGUCACACUCAUCAAUUUACAGCCUACAAACAUGAGGGAGGUGUGGUGAUAAACCCCGGAUCUGCAACAGGUGCAUACAGCAGCAUCACUUAUGACGUCAACCCAAGCUUUGUCCUCAUGGACAUCGAUGGCCUUCGUGUUGUGGUCUAUGUUUACGAACUCAUCGAUGGAGAGGUUAAGGUAGACAAGAUUGAUUUCAAGAAGACAACCACGACAGCUCAUUGACCAAAAACAAAUUGGCUUUUAUAUAAACAUUUGAACAGUUACUUUCUUUUCUUUUCUAUGGAGUUGUUGUGAUACAUGUCAAUGAUGCUUAAUCUUACUGCUGCAAGGAUGGUGUUUCUGUGGUGAUUGAUCACAGAAAAGAGUUGUAGGUUCUGUUGUUGCUCCUUGUGACUUUGUGCGAUAUUUGAUGAGGUUGUGCACAUCACAGAAGCCCUUGCUUCUUGUACCUUGCCUUCAUCUCUUUAGUUUUCAAUUUCAGUAAGCGAAAGUUGAUCUAA